UCGUGUUCUAUUAUAAUUUAACUGUAACGCAAGUAUUUAUUUCGGAGUUUAUAAUACUAGCGUACACACUUUCGCUGUUUUACCGAGCGUUAACAGACCGGGUGUUUAAACUUAAAACGCUCGACUCGAGGUUCAUCGAAGACAUGCUUUCAUUCUACUACGAAGUCUUCAGACUCUGCAGGAAGGCGAACGAUUUAUACGCACAACGGUUACUAUUCUUCUUGACCCACGUUUUCCUCGAGAUGACCUUCAAUACGUACUUUGUAAUCAAGCAUUUCAAAACCGGUAAACUCGAUUCUUUUUUCGCAAGCGUCUUCUGGAUCGGCUAUAGGAUCUUACAAGUUUGGCACGUCGUUUAUGUCUGCACUGCCCCAAAAAGACACGCUGAAAAUUUCAACACAAGCCUCCGUUUCAUUUUUUCCUUCCUGGACAUCAGGCAGAAACAUAUUACAAGACUCCUUAGUGUACAUUUUAUCAUUAAGCCUGAGGUUGAAUUCACUGCUAGAGGAUUCUUCAGAAUUGAUUUUCCGCUGUUUCUUUCCAUGGGCGCUGCUACAGCUAGUUAUUUGACCUUCCUCGUCCAAUCCGACAACUGAUGUUUUACGUAAUUUAUAAGUGGAUUAUACAGGAUUAAUAAAAAAAAUACUUAAAUAUAAUCAACUUUAUUGAAAAUGAAAAAAAAAAAUUCUCCACACCCUAAAGUUUCCAGUCAAAGGUAAAGUCUCAAAGGGAUAGGGCAUGAAAAGAACAUAAAUCUAGCUUCUCUCUUUGGCAGAUCGAGGUAACAGGCAAGACUCGGCGGUUCAUGACAUCUCGGGGAAGACAAAACAAAACGAGAUCGAGUGCUCUGAGAUCAAUUGUGCUUGCUGGUUUUGUGCUGUUUUGCCGCCUCCCUGACAAAAGGAGAAAAGAGUUCUUUGGCAUAUUAUCUUAUUAGUGAGCAUUUACACGGCUUAAAAACUAUAGUACAAAAAAAUUAAUAAUAAGGAAGAUACAUUUUUAAAAACUGUAAAAAUUUGGGUAAUAUAGUUUGCUUAGUUUAACAUUCUUGCGAGUCUGUCACUAAAAACAUUAAAACAUCUAUAAAUAUUUUUGACUUUGUCAAUAAAUAAAAAAGAUCUUAGAUACAUUUUAGCAAAAAAAAUUAAUGCUAUGUUAUGUACAAAAUAUUUUAUUGGGGGAUUUCUUAGGUAUAUUUUGGUUCUUGGUCCGAUUAUUUUUUUCUUUUUUUAUAAAGAAAAAAAGUUAAGCAAUUUUAUAAACAGCCUUUUGUGAAAUCUCCCAAUUUUUUUUCUGAAAAACUUAUUGCACUGUAACUAAAAAAAGAUAGAAAUAAACAAGUAUUCUGGCACCGAAAUCUAGACUAGAAUCAAUUAUGAGCCGAGUGGUUGAAGUGAUGACCAAAAAAUGCGAAAAUGGGCAGUUUUCAGUUGUUUCAUUGUCAUUUACAAACACCAAAAA